UUCUUUCUUAGUUUCCCGAAAUACACUUCUUCAGUGGCUCAAAGGAAUCUAAAGAACAUUUGUCAGCCAUAUCUGGAGUUAGCAAAUAGCUAUAGCACUGGAAAAAUUUCAGAACUGGAAACAUUUGUGCAGACAAACACAGAGAAGUUUGAAAUUGACAACAAUCUUGGAUUGGUGAAACAGGUGGUAUCAUCAAUGUAUAAGAGAAAUAUUCAGAGAUUGACUCAGACAUAUUUGACUCUCUCCCUCCAAGACAUAGCCAACACUGUACAACUCAAUAGCCCUAAGGAGGCUGAAAUGCAUGUUCUUCAAAUGAUCCAAGAUGGUGAGAUAUAUGCCACUAUCAACCAAAAGGAUGGAAUGGUUAGAUUCCUUGAAGAUCCUGAGCAAUAUAAAAGUUGUGAGAUGAUUGAACAUAUUGACUCUUCAAUUCAGAGGGUAAUGAGCCUAUCAAAGAAACUGACUGCUAUGGAUGAACUCCUGUCAUCUGACCCAUUAUACCUGGCAAAGGCUGGGAGAGAGCGACAGCGAUUUGAUUUCGAUGACUUUGAUCCUGUUCCACAGAAAUACCUCAUAUGA